ACGACCGGCGUGCAAGUGAUGCUCCUGACUACUCUGGAAUUUGCCAUAAGGUUAUGUCAGCGUCAGCUUUUGGUGGGGCAUUCAGAAGAUGGCCAGGAUCUAAUUUGAAUGUUUUAUCGGGACAAAGCUCUAUUCCAGUGUGAGGUUUAUUGCCUGCAAGCGCAGUAGAGAAUAUGCAGGCAGAUGAGCAGCGCUUCCACAGGUGAUUGAAUGCUUUUCAAUUGAUAUGUGGGCUCUCCAUCUACGCUUGCAGAUGCCGGGCGAUGCGUUCGAGCUGUUGCGAGCGGAUGCAUCUAAUGAGAUCUCCUUCGCGGCUGCUAUCGUGGACUGGUAUCCCAACAAUUUGGCCGAUAGCCUGUUGAGAGAGAGAUCACUAAACUCACUGCGAAUCAAGCCAAAUCUGGAAAAGCUGGUGCUGAUCGGCCACAGUCGCGGAGGAAAAGUAGCAUUCGGCUUGGCUACGGAGUUUUGCAAGACAUCGUUGCCGUAUUCGGCAAUCGUUGGGCUGGAACCGGUGGACGGGGCGUUCGAGAACACGUCGUUGAAACCUCAAGUGCUUCCAUACCAGCCAAACUCCUUAAACCUCAAGUACCCUACCAUGAUCAUCGGAGCAGCUCUCAGCCCCAUAGCCCUUCUUCCUCUAAUGCCGCCUUGUGGCCCCAGAGGAGUUAACCACGAAGUAUUUUUCGAGAACAGCUCGCCUGCUGCUGUCCACUUCGUCGUCGAAGACUAUGGGCACAUGGACUUCCUGGACGACUCGGUCUGGACCACUUCGACGAUUGUGUGCACGAGCGGAAGAACUCGAGGUCCUAUGCGCAGGUUUUCUGGAGGCAUCGCCAUUGGCUUUCUCGAAGCCGUUCUCUUCAACAACACUAUGGCUUUCGACUACUAUCUUGAAAAUCCUCAUCAAGCUCCCACUGUCACUCUGAGCACAGCUUACGACAAGGGCUGGUCUGACAGGCCUGCCUCGACCAAAGCAUUCGCUUCUUCUGCUUAGGAACCUCAUGGUCUGGGCUCUCUACCCUGAUGGUUAAAUGUAAUAUGUUCCCGAUUAGAUCCUGUUAUAGCCUAGUCUGAUCAUGGUCUGGAGUUCUAUACAGGGUCGCUUGCAGAAUUAAAGUUAGAUUGCACAAACCCGUAGGAGAUUAGGUACCUGGAGAUUGUGCAGUUCAGUGUGAAAUCUGAGAACCAUUCAUGUAUACUACAUCCAGAUACUUCUCUCAAAGAUGUUAACAUAAGUUCGGUAGAAUUCAGUUCAAACUUUCCAUUGUGCACUCGGAAGAGUGGCUCAUGUUUUGAGGAAGUCAAUGGAAACUUUUCUCAAGAGGUUGAUGAGGAUGAAAGGUAUGAAUCUCCGUGAGGUAUGCAGAUUCUGAAAGAUUUUGACGGGCUCAUGGUCUCCGAACUAAACCUUGAAUGAGGAUCUCUACUCUAU